UUCGAAAGUCGUCAGUACUAAAAGUGAGAAGAACAUUUUCACACAGAAGUGAAGUUUUGGGCGAACAUAACCCGCUUAUUUACACCGCGGUUAGCUUCCGUAACACCGCGUAGUGGCUCUUUUUGGGACUUUUUUAAAGACACGCAGGCUUUACCAUGGAGGUACUCCGGGUGGUCGUGCUCGUCCUGUCCGUGUUGGUCGCUCUGGUCUCGGAGAGGUUCGUGGUGCUGGCUUCCUUCUCUCAGUCUCUGGACUCAGACUUCACGUUCACGCUGCCAGCCGGUCGCAAGGAGUGCUUCUUCCAGACCAUGAAGAAAGAUGCCUCUCUGGAGAUUGAGUAUCAGGUAUUAGAUGGAGCAGGUCUCGAUGUGGAUUUCUUCAUCACGUCUCCUUCUGCCCAAGUGGUGUUCAGUGACUACCACAAGUCAGAUGGAGUGCACACCGUUGUCGACACCGAGGACGGAGACUACAUGUUGUGCUUCGACAACACGUUCAGCACCGUCUCCGAGAAGCUAGUCUUCUUCGAGUUGAUCCUGGACAACAUGGACCAAGAUGAUGAAGCGGUGGAGGACUGGAAGGAGUACGUCCAGGGAACGGACAUGCUGGACAUGAAGCUGGAAGACAUCAUGGACACCAUCAACAACGUGAAGGCUCGGCUGGGCAAGAGUGUGCACAUCCAGACGGUGCUGCGGGCGUUCGAGGCUCGCGACAGGAACAUCCAGGAGAGCAACUUCGACCGGGUGAACCUUUGGUCGGUGGUUAACGUCAUCGUUAUGAUGGUGAUCUCGGGGAUUCAGGUCUACCUGGUCCGCUCGCUGUUUGAAGAUAAACGGAAAAUUCGUACAUAACACCACCCUCCCAAAGGAAGGAUGGAGAGAGAAACUAACACACACACACACACACACACACACACACACACACCCCUCAGAUCUCUUUAACAUAAGAUGUCUUCUAUACACAUGCACACAAACAGACAUUUUGACAUCCUUAAUAACAAAAGGCACUUCUGUUGUUGCUCUGCUUCUCAGCCCACUGAAGUUUCAGGGAACAACUUAGAACUAUCACCCCGUCUACUUUACAAACCAUCUCUUUGCUGCAGAAAGAAAAGUCCCUUUGUCUCUCUUUAAGACGUAUAUAUUGUUUUAUAGUCCUCCCUAACGUCACAGAAAGCGACGAGCACGUUUGUGAUGUUUUUCUAACGGAGCCUUAAGUUACUGGGCCAGUGGACAACAGCAAAAAAACAAAUGAAUGUCCUUUUUUCUUUGGACAUGUUUUUAUUUGAGAUAAACUAGAUGAAGAUAUGGUGUCUGAAGAAUUUGAUUUUAUAUUUCUGCCAAAUAAGAUUUGGAAGUGCAAUCAGUAUAUCAGCAAGUAUUCCCCUUUUUAAAGAAGUUGUACUCAUAAAUGUACCUUUUGUGUGUUUAUAUGAUGACUGAGUGGCUUGUAUUUAGCUGCCAGUCUGUGAGGUCUUUAGAAUACUUUGCCACGGACGUUUAUGUUUCAAGAAAUCCAGUCUCACUUUCCCGGCUCAUGCCAACACUGGAGGAGGAGAAAAAGGAACCGGCGUCUCUUACCGACGGCGGCACUUCUCUCCUCCGCGGUGGCUCGUUGCCCGGAUGGCAGCCGCCCUCCUCUGUGAAGCCUCACUGCUGCUGACGGGUGUCUGCUUACGGCCACCUACUGUGUGAAGACGUUGCCGCCUGCCUGUCUCUCCUGUGACCGGGUCUAUUUCUAUCUCCCCGACACCUGGAAGGUCAUGACCACUACCACACCGCUCGGUUCAAUGAGUGCGAGUCCGUUCGCUGCCGCGACUCCGACAGCAUUCUUUUUAAAAUGCUUGUAUUUCGUUUGAUAUUCAGGCACUGCCUCGGAUGCCACAGAACAACGUUGUUUUUGUCUUUAUAUUCUUAGAGCAUAAUGGGCCCCAAAGUUUGUUUUGUGGGUUAAUCAGGGCCACAGUUUGUUGUGGUGUGUGUGUGAGUGAGUGAAGGAGCUGCUCAAGAGGUUUUAUAUCAUUUGGUUUUCUAGUGUUUUUCAUGCACCGGUCAGUUGUGAGAUUUUGGGCUAUUUUGCUUCCACAUCAUGUCUUCUUUCAGACUAGUGGAAAGAAAACAUCCAAAAAUACACAUUUAUUUGACUGCUUUGUCGAUUGGGGUUUGUUUGUAUAUAAUUCAGCCAGAUUUAUUCAACAUUUUAUUCCUGAAAACAUGGACAAAAUAGAAAAUAUAUAUAUAUAUAUAUAUUUUUUUAUGGCUAUAUGAUCGGUGAUAUAAUUCCCUCUAUAAAAACAUUUGACUCUAAUCUGACAACAAAAUGAAACCUUGCUUUAUUCAAUGCAAAUUAGCACAUAUUAAAAGAUGCCUCAUUCGCAUAUUUAAACAUAACAUUUCAGAAAACUUGCAAUACAAAAAAAGAAUUGAAUUGCCGUAAGUAUUGUUUAUUAGUGGUAUUGAUUAUAUAUUAUUUUUGUACCUUUUCUCACCUUUAGUGUCUCCAUUUAAACAGCCUUACAAUGGAAGUGCUGUAAAACCAAACUUUGAGCAGUCUGAUUGUUUUGAAAUGAUAGUGUGUCAGUAUUGUGGGUCCCUGGAAUAACAUACAGGAUGUCUAAGAUAUCAUCAUCAUCCUCAUCUUCAUCCUCAGUGCUUACGACCAUCAUGUUGUGGUGGCGUCAGUGUUUAAUUUAAGUACUGUAUGUUGAGAUUCUAUAAGUGAUGGAUUAGUAAUAUGAAGUUGCAGUUUCUGAUUUAUUUGUCAUCUGUCCUACAAAAAUAAAAGCCUACAAAUAUUUUUAAAGUAUUUCUAAGUUACUGAGUUAAAGUUUCUGGAUCAACAGUGAAGUAUUUUUUUACUUCUCUCGUGGAGCAGUGGGGGAAGAGUAAUGUAUUUAUUCAACUAAUGUCCUGUAGUUGCAAAUGUGUAUAAAUUAAACAAUCCUACAUUC